CGUGAUGCGGCCGCGGCACCCGAGCUGCCGGGCCUAAGUAGAGCUAAAUUCGUUGCCGGUGGCUGCUGCGGGUGCCACCACAGAGGCUAAUCUGAAGGAGUGGGGAGGCUGGUGGAGUCGAUGCUUCCUCUUCCAACUCAGGUCGGCUCCGGUUAUCUUCUCACCAUUCGCCGUUGCCGUCUCCCUGAGCGUUUGCAUGAGCCCUUUCGUGUGGGGAAGCUCUGGUGACCAUGUAGGGGGAAAGAGAAAGGAAGCUCCAGGUGCCUGGGACGAGGUCAGCGCUGCCGGCACACCGCCCAGGCGCCCACCACACCCCCGGUGCGGGCCACUGGGCUCGGCGGCCCUGGUGGGAACUCCGGCCUCCAGUGGUGGCCUGGCCUGGAGCGCCACGAAAUCUCGCGCCGUCUCGCGAGAGUCUAAGUUGAAGGAACAUGGCGACGUCUAAUCUGUUAAAGAAUAAAGGUUCUCUUCAAUUUGAAGACAAGUGGGAUUUCAUGCGUCCAAUUGUUUUGAAGCUUUUACGCCAGGAAUCUGUUACAAAACAGCAGUGGUUUGAUCUGUUUUCGGAUGUGCAUGCAGUCUGUCUCUGGGAUGAUAAAGGCCCAGCAAAGAUUCAUCAGGCUUUAAAAGAAGAUAUUCUUGAGUUUAUUAAGCAAGCCCAGGCACGAGUACUGAGCCAUCAAGAUGAUACAGCUUUGCUAAAAGCAUAUAUUGUUGAAUGGCGAAAAUUCUUUACACAAUGUGAUAUUUUACCGAAGCCUUUUUGUCAACUAGAGAUUACUUUAAUGGGUAAACAGGGCAGCAAUAAAAAAUCAAAUGUGGAAGACAGUAUUGUUCGAAAGCUCAUGCUUGAUACGUGGAAUGAGUCAAUCUUUUCAAAUAUAAAAAACAGACUCCAAGAUAGUGCAAUGAAGCUGGUACAUGCUGAAAGGUUAGGAGAAGCUUUUGAUUCUCAGCUGGUCAUUGGAGUAAGAGAAUCAUAUGUUAACCUUUGUUCUAAUCCUGAGGAUAAGCUUCAAAUUUAUAGGGACAAUUUUGAGAAGGCAUACUUGGAUUCAACAGAGAGAUUUUAUAGAACACAGGCACCCUCGUAUUUACAACAAAAUGGUGUACAGAAUUAUAUGAAAUAUGCAGACGCUAAAUUAAAAGAGGAAGAAAAACGGGCACUACGUUAUUUAGAAACAAGACGAGAAUGUAACUCUGUUGAAGCACUCAUGGAAUGCUGUGUAAAUGCCCUGGUGACAUCCUUUAAAGAGACCAUCUUAGCAGAGUGCCAAGGCAUGAUUAAGCGAAAUGAAACUGAAAAAUUACAUUUGAUGUUUUCAUUGAUGGACAAAGUUCCUAAUGGGAUAGAGCCAAUGUUGAAAGACUUGGAGGAACAUAUCAUUAGUGCUGGCCUUGCAGAUAUGGUAGCAGCUGCUGAAACUAUUACUACUGACUCUGAGAAAUAUGUUGAGCAGUUACUUACACUAUUUAAUAGAUUUAGUAAACUCGUCAAAGAAGCUUUUCAAGAUGAUCCACGAUUUCUUACUGCGAGAGAUAAGGCGUAUAAAGCAGUUGUUAAUGAUGCUACCAUAUUUAAACUUGAAUUACCUUUGAAGCAGAAAGGGGUGGGAUUAAAAACUCAGCCUGAAUCAAAAUGCCCUGAGCUGCUUGCCAAUUACUGUGACAUGUUGCUAAGAAAAACACCAUUAAGCAAAAAACUAACCUCUGAAGAGAUUGAAGCAAAGCUUAAAGAAGUGCUCUUGGUACUUAAAUAUGUACAAAACAAAGACGUUUUUAUGAGAUAUCACAAAGCCCAUUUGACACGACGUCUUAUAUUAGACAUCUCUGCCGAUAGUGAAAUUGAAGAGAAUAUGGUAGAGUGGCUAAGAGAAGUUGGUAUGCCGGCAGAUUAUGUAAACAAGCUUGCUCGAAUGUUUCAGGACAUAAAAGUUUCUGAAGAUUUGAACCAAGCUUUUAAGGAAAUGCACAAAAAUAAUAAAUUGGCUUUACCAGCUGAUUCGGUUAAUAUAAAAAUUUUGAAUGCUGGUGCCUGGUCAAGAAGCUCUGAGAAAGUCUUUGUCUCACUUCCUACUGAACUGGAGGAUUUGAUACCUGAAGUAGAAGAAUUCUACAAAAAAAAUCAUAGUGGUAGAAAAUUACAUUGGCAUCAUCUCAUGUCAAAUGGAAUUAUAACAUUUAAGAAUGAAGUAGGUCAAUAUGAUCUGGAAGUAACAACGUUUCAGCUGGCUGUGUUGUUUGCAUGGAACCAAAGACCCAGAGAGAAAAUAAGCUUUGAAAAUUUAAAACUUGCAACUGAACUCCCUGAUGCUGAGCUUAGAAGGACUUUAUGGUCUUUAGUAGCUUUCCCAAAGCUCAAACGGCAAGUUUUAUUGUACGAACCUCAAGUCAACUCACCCAAAGACUUUACAGAAGGUACCCUCUUCUCAGUGAACCAGGAGUUCAGUUUAAUAAAAAAUGCAAAAGUUCAGAAAAGGGGUAAAAUCAACUUGAUUGGACGCUUGCAGCUCACUACAGAAAGGAUGAGAGAAGAGGAGAAUGAAGGAAUAGUUCAACUAAGGAUACUAAGAACCCAGGAAGCUAUCAUACAAAUAAUGAAGAUGAGAAAGAAGAUUAGUAAUGCUCAGCUGCAGACUGAAUUAGUAGAAAUUUUGAAAAACAUGUUCUUGCCACAAAAGAAAAUGAUAAAAGAGCAAAUAGAAUGGCUAAUAGAGCACAAGUAUAUCAGAAGAGAUGAAUCCGAUAUUAACACUUUCAUAUAUAUGGCAUAAUUUUGAAUAUCAUGGACAAUAUUAAGAACCCAAAUUUUGGAGUGCUUAGGCAGAAAGUUGUAACAGUUUGUGCUGGAAGAAGGCUUAUUUGGACUUUGAUUACAUAAAUAUUAAAAUCUCUGCCUUACCUAACAAAACAACUAUAUUUUGCCAAUCACAUUGUUAGCAUGAUGGCAUUCCCUUCAUGUUGCACACUCUUUAACAGCAUGCUGUUUUGUGGAGAAACUUGCAUUCAUGAAGAGCCCAUUAUGAACUUUUGAAAGUAAAUUUGAUUUAUACCCACCAGAAGAAAUAAAGUUGGGAAGGGUGAAGGCGGGGUUCUUUUUGCUUUUUUUUCAUCUUUUUUUCGUCUCUUAUGAAAAUGUACUUGCACAAGGAAGGAUCUUCAGAUAUUUGUGCACUGAAAAAUACUGUUAUGUUUUGUUUCAAAAAUGCAAUUAAAACUAGAAAUAGCACUCGUGGUUUCUUUUUAUCAAAGGAGUGAGCUGGUCUACACAACAUUGAGAGAAGGCAGAUGUAGAUGAGAAGAUAAAUAUGUAAUAGUAUCAAAUUAUUUGUUCAAACACUGCUUCAGUAUAAUAACCGGAUUUUUAUGGUGACCUAAAAAUGGUAUUAAAUUUUCCAACUUACAAAUGUUGGCUUUCUUUAAGCAGAAGACUGCUGUUUCAGUUGUGUGUUGUUAAAUGGUAAGGAGUUUUUUUAUCUUAUAUGGCUGGAGAACUGGUUGGGAAAAAAUGAAGCUUAUAUUAAUUGUUGCUUCAGUUGUUUAAAAAAAUGUAUGGAGUUAGGUCAUUUCGAUUACAGAGUCAAAACAGCAAAAGAAACAUAUUAAGAGUGUUUACUAACACACUUAAUAUUUAUACAGCUGAUAUUUAUUAUGCCAUAUCCAAAUUUAUUUAAAACAAGGCAGAAAUCUCCUCUCUAAUAUAAUACAGUUAGUAACUGAUCUCUUAAUCUGUAGCAUAGAAAUAUUUUGGUAUUUUCAAGUCUCGUGAAUAGGGAUUUAUAGCCUCAGGUUUCUGGAAAGGAAGACGUUCUGUUUUAAAAAGUAAUCAUCAGUCACCUAGGAGGAAGAGAAAACCACAACAUAACACCUGAAAAGCAUAAGCAAAAUUGUUGCAAUCUUAAUAGGAGCAGUAAACUUGCCAAAUGUAUGUACAUAUAUAUUUAUAUAUUUUAAAAAUAAACAUUUUUUAAAUGUUGAGGGCAACACUUACCUUGCUCCUUUCAGUCAAUCCAAAGUAGCAACUUACUAGUUGCUGGCAACUGAAUACCCGGAGUAGUGGAGAUUUUAGGACUUGAGGACAUGAACAACUUUAAAGAGAAAGACUUAUUCCCCAUUGGGAAAGAAUGGCUCAACAUGGACUUUUAUUCAUUAUGGUGCACAUUUCAAAUUUUCUUGCAAAUUAUUUUAUAUCUUGUUUGAUAUUAAGUAAUAUUUUGGAUGUAUGAUUUUGAACAUAGGAAACGGAGUGCUGGAGCGCUGAAAGGCAGACAGUGUUAUUGCAGAGUGCUUUCAGGAGCAUCUUGUGGACUCUGUCCCCAGUUCCACGGGGCUUUGUGAGCUGCCUGCUGAAAGGAGGGAAAGCCAAUUUGAAACAUUUCAAGUUUUGCUGUUUAUGGUCAAAUGCCUAUUCUGAAACUCACAGGAAAUUAGAAUUUUGUUUCUAAUUUAAAUUCUUACCCUUGAGCUCUAAGGUAGCAUAUGUCAGUUAUUAGACCAAGCAUAUUGUGAAGAAUUAAACUAUAAAGUAGUGCCCACUGUUUUCUCUAAUUAGGUGACUGCUAACAAUGCACAAAUUCGAAAUUUAAAAAAAUAAUUUUGUAGUAAUUGGGGCCCUUAUGUUUAACAAAUAGUUUGGUAUUGGCAUAUUUGCUUAUCCAAUACAAGAAUGCCAAAGGAGGAGACAAUGGAAGGAAAAAUUACAGGCCGUUUUUUAAAGUUUAAGGUUUUUUGUUGUUUUAAACCAUAAUUGUUCUCAACUUUUUUGGAAUUUCUAAUCUUUUUGGUCAUUUAAGAAUGAGAGUCAUGAUGUUUUGAUUUAUAAAGGCAAAUUUAAUGCAAAAGUGGGUAACUCUAAAUCCAUAGCAAAGUUUUCUAUUAAAUUUUAUAAAUUUUUUAAUAGCUAAUUAUGUCCUAAUUGUAUUUUGGGGAAUAGAACAGCAGCAAAUACUGUAGACUUAGAGUUUUCAUCAUUUUUUUUGUUAUGUAUACAAAAGUUUAACUACUUUUUUGGUGUUUAUGAAAACCAUUUAGUUGACAAGGUGCCUAUACCAUUGUUGAAUUUACUUUAAAUAUGUUUUGACAAUAGAUUUGCCAAUUUAAAAAAAAGAAUCUGAAAAAAAAACUUACCAGCAAUUUGCUAAAGGUACAGAAUCACAGUAAGUAUCCUUUAUCAGGUCCCUUUUCUCUAAUGUGCACUUAAAAUAAGUGCUAUCUGAGCAGAGAUGAAACCUGACAUAGUUAAGGGGAAAAAAAUACACUUUUUUUCCAUGAGUAACAUGGCCGUGGGAUGCUUCAGAGGUUAAUUUAAGCUUCAAAUAUUUGUCUUCUAAUUUAAAGAUGAAGCCAUCUGGAAAUGUUAACCUUUGUUGCCAUCUCAUUGCCAGAGUAAGUAGACAUGAAACAAAAUUUUACAAAAUAAAAAUAUAGAACAAUUUUAAUGCUUACAAUGAGAUAACUGUUAGAACAUUACUGUUCCAAUGAUUUAAUGAGGAUCUUGAAAUAAAUUCUGAAGUCUUCCAAUUUUUACAUUUAUUGGAGGGGUCCCUGCAUUCUGUCAACCUGUUUAAGUCUCUAACCCUUAUUUUGUGCAUAAUUGUUAAAAUUUCCAAAAGUGAAAUGUUAGCUUUCUUAUUUUUACUUUUUAUUAAAUUUAAUACAAAAUAUGACCAGGGUAGUUAAAAACUAUUUUGCGUAAUUUGCAGUAGGAUGUCAUUAGCCCUGCUAAAAGGGCAAGUUUUAAAAAUUCAAUUUGAGUGAAAGAUUCGCUAGUUUUCCAGAAAGAUUUGCUAUCUUAAACUCAAGCUGGUUUUUCUAUUUUCAUGUAAAUGACUGGGAUGCUAUCUUAUAAACUCUUCCAAGGUCACGUUUGUGAAAUAAACAUUACAUGAGAGCUUUCCUGUCAUCUACACUAUAUAUGUCGUCUGGAGUGUUGAACAAAUUUGAGUUCCUAAGUUGUAAUCGAUCCUCAUAUGGUAUAUACGAUUUUGAAUGUGUGCCACUACAUAUUGAGAUGAUAAUGCUGUACAAUUUUAAAUGGUAGCAGUUUCUGUAUGCAGUAGGCUGAAAUAUUUUGAUGAACUGCUUAAUUUUUGGAUUUUAUUUUUUAAGUUGUAUAAUUUAUUUUCUUGCAAAAUAAAAAUGUAAUAUAAAAGCUUUCACCUA